AUGCCGAUUGAGGCUCUUCCUCAGAAAACAAUCCGGGCGAUUGGCUCCACAUCUGUCAUUUCGGAUCCCUACUCUGUUGUCAAGGAACUUGUAGACAAUGCCCUUGAUGCUUCUGCUACGUCACUGCAGAUCGAAAUCUCCCAAAACAGUGUGGAUGUCAUACAGCUCAAGGACAAUGGCCACGGAAUCUCUACCGAGGACCAGCAACAUGUCUGCAAACGAGCUUUUACCAGCAAGAUCCAGACUUUAGAUGAUCUCAAAAAUGUCGGUGGCUCAUCAUUGGGAUUUCGCGGUGAAGCACUUGCCAGUGUCGCAGAGAUGUCCGGGGUUCUCGCUGUCACCACUCGGGUUGAGGCCGAAGUUGUGGGGCGAUCUUUGAAGUACGGACGAAACGGAGAGCUUACUGGAACACAACGGACGUCACAUCCCGUGGGGACAACUGUUCGUAUCACUGACUUCCUCAAACACCUCCCUGUCCGCAGGCAGACUGCCUUAAAGGGUGCUACGAAAAGUCUCACGAGGAUCAAAAAGCUUCUCCAGGCCUAUGCUAUAGCUCAACCAUCCAAGAGACUCUCACUCAAAGUUCUCAAGGCAAAAAGUGAAAACAGCAAUUGGGCCUACGUGCCAAGCGCAGACGCCUCGCUCUCAGAUGCAGCUCUCAAGGUAGCCGGCACGGAAGUGUGUUCUUCUUGUGUCCUGAAACUACUUUCAUCCCAGAGCAUGGCUGGGAAUGAACGAGGAUUAUCAGAUCAGGAAGAGUAUGAAGCCAUCGCCUUUCUUCCAAAGACACAAUUUGAUACCUCCAACAUCAACAACGCAGGCCAAUACAUCAGUGUGGAUGGCCGCCCGCUCUCCAGCAGCAGAGGGAUUGGACAUGAGAUUGUCAAAAUCUUCAAGCCAUAUGUCCGUGUCGCCGCAUCCAAAAACCAAUCCUCUAAAUCGGUUAGCGAUCCUUUUCUCUGUUUGCAAAUUCGCUGUCCCCGAGGAACGUACGAUGUCAACAUCGAGCCAGCGAAAGAUGAUCUGCUUUUCGAAGACCGAGAUGUAGUCUUGGCGAUAGUAGAUAAUUUGUUUCGCGACCACUAUGGGGAAAUACAUGGGACGGAGACUAAAACUUCCAACCAAGCCAAAGAGGAUGCUUCCACAUCCGAUAAAACCUUGGGGGGAUUUGAACUUUUGAUGGCUAGGAAGCCAGUUACUGAACUUGGCACACAGCCUCGCGAUCCUGAGAACCCCCUCAGUCAGGCUAUACCUCACACGCCUCUCUCACAGAAGCCGCUUCGGUCUGAGAACGCCUUUUCGCCUGUAGUUCCUUCUAGCGGCAAAGACCCCGAAAGUCCUGAUGAAUCGGGCACAGUCAGAAGCAAAAGUUCCAGGUUUGUUAAUCCGUGGUCUAUCUCCAGAAUUAAUGCCUCAUUUCAAACACCGCGACGGGCGAGCAAUUCAGUCAGUCAAACAAGCCCCGUGGAUCUAUCUAGUGGUAGCCUGCAUGGGCCAAUCCGAAGGGAGAGUGAAUCGCUAGUCUUCCAGCAUUCGCCUAAGUCAGACUUGACAAGUCCUCUUACUUCUCGACUUGCAUCUGGAUCGCCAAUGAGGCGCGGCCGACAGCCUCCGCAAGAAUCGACUGGGCCCUCCCCUGAGACUAAUCGCAUUUCGAGCGCCCGACGCGCUGAGAGGGAACGUGAUCGAGAUCGGUAUGGGAACGGAGCUCUAGACACUUGGUUUCAGAGAACCACACAAGUCUCGCUGCAGCAAAACCCUGUUGAGGAAGCACCAAAUCAAGAACCGGACUCACCACUCUCUUUGCUUGCCCAGAACCGGUUUCUACUGCCCACAAACCUUUCGCCAAAUAUUGUGCAUGUCGAUACGCAGAACGAUGGUUGUUCGGACAGUCAAUCUAAGAAUAGCAUCACUCCAGGUGCUGCUUGUCAUGUGCCUUCGCUACCCAAAGACCAAGGAGACCACAUUCCAGAGUCAAUGGAUAGUGGUCGAGGAUUUCCGGUCCUUGAAAGAUGGGCCGCUCAACUUCACGAAGACGUCAGCCAAGAGGAACCGUCUGAUCUGGAGAAAGCACUUGACUUCGAAAAGCGGAAGAAGGAAGCCAUUCAGAAUAGUCGCGCACGCUUCAAGACGAACGAUAAACCAUCCAGUUCACAGUCUGCUCCAGUAUCGCAUUCGCCUCAUCGCAGUCGAUAUCUUGCCGCAAAAGCUGCGUUGACUUCAUCGCAAACUUCGAUCGGCGAACCGGUCUCUGCGACAACGCUCUCUCCUCACGAUCCGCGAGCAUAUCUCAUCCGCCAGGAAAGGGACCUUUCUACGGAUGAACCUUCAACGAAUGAUGGAAAGUCCCGGAGAGUACUCACUAACCGACUUCCCUUCGAACGUAUACCCGAUGGCUCCGAUAUACAUGAUCUCGGUUUAACCUGCUCGGUUGACCUGUCGUCCGCCUCGAACUCGUUCAAGUGGAAUAUGUCAGAAGAUCUAUAUACUGAGAGUGACAACGAAACUACCGCAUUCUCGGGAUCUGACCUUGAAACCUGCUUGCCGUUCUGGAAUGAACAGUUGUUGCUUAUCAUGAAGGAAAAAUACAAAAACAAGGAUGAAUCAAAGCCUUUGAGUAUUCAAAUCGAUCUUGCCACCAUUAUUUCUCAGCAUGUGCAAACAGCCCUGGACAACUAA